GGUCCACUAAAAUUUGCAAAAUGGCUGCAAGUCUAGCUGCCGAACCGCAAGUCGGAGGAUUUAAUUUCGAAAAUCAUGCCAGAAAUGUUUCCUUCGAGCAAAAAGGAAUGCAUCCACCAAAGGCUUACAAGACAGGGACUACUAUCGUCGGUUUAGUCUACAAGGAUGGUAUUGUAUUGGGUGCUGACACCAGGGCAACAGAAGGAUCUGUGGUGGCAGAUAAAAACUGUGCAAAGAUUCACUAUAUAGCUGACAAUAUUUAUUGCUGUGGUGCUGGUACUGCAGCGGACACAGAGAUGACCACACAAAUGAUCUCUUCACAGCUUGAGCUCCAUCGCCUAAACACGGGGCGGAUACCACGAGUGUGUACAGCCAACAGACUCCUCAAACAGAUGCUUUUCAGGUACCAUGGCAACAUCAGUGCAGCACUUGUACUGGGAGGAGUCGACUCUACUGGCCCCCACCUGUACAGUGUAUGGCCCCAUGGCUCUACUGAUAAACUACCAUAUGUCACCAUGGGUUCAGGAUCCCUGGCAGCUAUGGCAACUUUUGAGGACCGCUUCAAACCAGAAAUGGAGAAAGACCAGGCCAUACUGUUGGUGAGGGAUGCUAUUGCGGCUGGUAUAUUUAAUGAUCUUGGAUCAGGAAGUAAUGUGGAUGUUUGUGUAAUAACCAAGGGCAAGGUGGAAUACAUGCGUCCUUAUGAAGAAGCCAACGUUAAGGGAUUAAGAUAAAGAAAAAAGUGACUCUUCAUAGUUCAUCUAUUAAUGGAAAUGGAUGGUAAUGUUUGAAAUUGGAAUGUAAUUGCUGAGCUCAUUCCAUGGGGCAUCUGGACCAGAAAGGAAAUGUGGUAGAGGACCCAUUCACAAGUCAACUUUGUAGUGAUUGUCACUAUUGGACUUAAUCUUUCAUUAUUUCAUGGAUAUCUAUUAAUGUGACUCGUCACAAGAACCUGAAUAAUGUCCUUAUCCUCUCAUUCUACAUAUAUAUGGAUAAUUUUUUUUUUAAAAUUAUCACUCGAAGAACAAUUGGAAAAGUAAAUACUUCGCUUAUAUAAUAACUAGUAAUUGAUAGAUUUUAUGUGGUGAACAAGCUGGAAAAAAAAAAGAAAAAUAAAAAAUAAUAGGUGUAUGUGAUAUGAAAUAUACAAUUGGUAGUGCUAAUGGUAUUCAGAAGUGCUACAUGUCAGUCAUCAGGUAUUCUUCCUGACUUGUUCAAUAAAGAACUCAAUUAAUUGUUUACAAAA